CAAGUAUCGGGUCUUUAAUUGGAAUCGGUCUCCUCUGCGGACCCAAAUGACGAGACUGCCCCUCCUCCUCCCUCUGCUCUCGCCUCGCGCCGCCUCCCCGCCGCCAGCCCUCACACCGCCACCCGCGCGCCGCCUCGCCGUCGCCGCUGCGAGAGCAAGCGUCCAGGACGCAGUGAUGUCGGCGGCCGCGACCGGGGAGUACCCGUGCCCGGUGUCCCCGCCCUACCCGGCCGUCUCCAAGGACGUGGAGCUACGGCGCGCCUUGACGGCCUCCGCCCGCUCCGGUGCCUACUCCUCCGCCGCCGUCGUGUUCGAGGACGAGUGGCUCGCCGUGGUGGACAAGCCCGCCGGCGUCUACUGCGAGGCCCUCCUCUCCGCCCUCCCUUGCUCCACCGCCUCCUCAGGGGAUCCUUCAAGUAAACCUAACCUUCACCUCGCGAACAGGCUAGAUCGUGAUACCAGUGGUCUCAUGGUCAUCACCAAAUGCAACAAAGUUGCAGCGAAGCUUGUGAAGGCCUUUACUGAGCACAAAGUGAAGAAAACAUAUCUAGCUCUUUGCAUAGGUUACCCACCAGCGUGGGAAAAGAUUAAGAUAUGUUCUGGUCAUGGGCGAUCGAAACACGGCGCUUGGCGUGUGUACGCUAUGUCUGACGUUGGCCGAACACUACCAGGGGGUUCCUCUGUAAGGGACAUGAGCACAAAAUUCGAAGUGCUAGGGACAGAUGGUGAAGGACAGUACAGAGAACCAUCUAAUGUUGACAUUGAUGAUAUAGAGUCGAUUACAGUACAAGAGAAAGCAGCUGACCAAAUUUCAAAUGUUGAUGUGAAGAACCACAUGAUUUUUGUUAGAGCCUAUCCUCAAAGUGGACGAACACACCAGAUUCGUCUGCACUGUCAAUAUCUUGGGUUCCCUAUCAGAGGUGAUGUGAAGUACGGAGGAGUGAUCGAGUGGAACGGUGUGGACUGUGAUGGUCAUGCGUUGCAUGCAGAGAGCUUAUCAUUUGUGCAUCCGGUAACUGGAUUGCUUGUCACAUUCCGAGCACCUCUCCCUUCAUGGGCAAAUGAAACUAUUUCAACAAUGGGAUGAAAUUCCCUUGACCUUAUUGUGAUGCAUGCCCUCCAGUUGGUUUUGCUGAAAUUUUCAAGCAAGACCAGCAUUGAACUGCCAGAAGCACCUCUUGGAAGUCCUCAAGGAGAGCAGCAUUCGUCGGUAACCAUGAAAAGAAGAAUUCUAACAAUUGUUUGCAGCUCGACAAUGGCUUAGUGAAGAAUCUUGGACAUAUGUACUUGUUGAAUAGGUUAUCACAAGUACUGGAUUACUGUUGUAGCACAGAUUUUGACUUUGGGGGUAUGGCAACUGUAUCCAUGAAUUUAACUUUUUGCUGUGUAGCAUCAAGAUGGUUGUUGUAGCAGUAUUUUCAGUACUGCAGUUGUAACCAUGCACAUUGUACCAUGGGAUAUUCAGUUCUUGAACAAUAUAUACAGAGUCUAUUCUGAGUAA